CAAAGAGUCAAGAAGGACACAACAUAUGAAGAAACUAGCUGGAUUUUCUAUGCAUUUAUCUCUACAUGUUCACUGCUUUAUUUUGGAGGCAAAACUAGGUGUCUUAUUGGACGUCGCUGGAGCAUGAUUAUUGGUUCUUGUAUUUUCAGCUUUGGCAUAACAGUGACGUACUGGAGUAUACAACACAGUCUGGUAGCUACCAUAAUCACUUAUGGAGUAGUUAAUUCUUUGGGACUUAUCUGUUGUUUUGGUCACCCCGUGGUCACUGCUAUGGAGUGGUUUCCCACCAAGAAAGGACUCGUGACAGGGAUAGUGGCCUCAGGAUUAGCUUUAACUCCUCUUUUUAUGAAUAGCGUACAGACAUUCAUUGUAAAUCCUAAUAAUCUCCAACCUGAUUCUGAUGGGUUUUUUUACAACGAUGAAAUUAUAGAAAGUGUUCCUGUUUUGUUUCUGAUAAUGGGAAGUGUUACUGGUGGAAUUCUACUGAUUGGGCUGCUUAUGUACCAAGAACUACCACGAGAGUCAAAUCAGGAAGAAACAACAUCCAGUGAACUAACUACUGUGUACGAAACGUCAGAACAAUCGUGUAGUAAAGAACUUAGUGGACCAAUUACGAAAGAUUUGGACUGUACAAGAACAAUAAAUAGCGAAAAAUUAUGUGCAUCAUGGCAAGAAGAUUCAGCCAAUGUGAACGUUGAUGGUGAACAACCGUACACUAAUGGUGAAGGUGAAGUUUAUGUGUCACCAAAUGAAGCUGUGAAAAUGAAAGAAUUUUACCUUUUAUCAAUAGUUUGUAUUUGCUCCUUUUACCCAUUUAUGUUUGUGAAUGUUUUAUAUAAGACAUAUGGACAGACGUUUAUACAAGACGACAUGUUUCUGUCCACCAUUGGUUCUGUAGCUGGAGCUGUUCAUGCACUUAGCCGUGUGAUUGUAGGCUUAAUUCAGGACAAAAUAUCUUACAAAACAGCUUCUUUCUUUCUCUGGCCUUUAGUUUUCCAUCGUGUUACUCCUUCUUUAGGAUGGUUUGCUACCUUUUGUAUGACAGCGACUGUUUCAUUCAUAGGGUUACUUGUGACUAUACUUUUCCCCGAAACCCAUCGUACACAACCAUUAACAUCAAGUAGUUUUGAUAAAGAAAAAGAACGGACUCGUUACGGAGCUGUUGAAUAUCUGAAGUGAAUUUCUUAGCAUUUGUUACUUCUCGGAUU